CAUUGGUUAGUCUAAUCCAAGAAAGCAAGAAGGAACAGCGAGAGCACAACGCCCGAUUAGAAGUUAUGAUGCGGAAUAUGAGACCCAUUGCGGUGCGAGCACCAAUGCAGGGAGGCAUGGCUGCUGCACAAGUUGCAGCGGGGCCAGCCGGGACAGCGGCAAAUGCCUGUUUUACAUGUCAUCAACCGGGACACUUGGCCCGAGAUUGCCCCCAUCGUGCCAUGCAGCCUCGAGCCGGGGUCGCGCCUGCAGCUGCAGCUCCCAUAGCUAACGGCCCAGGACGUGUAGGAGCCGUGAUGGAUGAUCAGGGGGGAAGUAAUGGAAUGAUGAUUUCCAGUGAGGAAGCAGCCGAGCUUAUCCCGCUGAAGCAGUAUGUAUCACUAGGAUACCCGGGGCUGGGAAUGAUUGGGACGAUUCGACCGGAACUCGAGUCCAGAGAUGUCGCCGAAUGGCGGCCUUCGUCGAGCAAAAUGGAGACGGGAGGCCCUACCUUUGUUACAGGGGAAAUCGAUGUCCUCGAGGUUACCCGAGCACUGGAUCAUCGAAUCCCUCUUUCCAUCGGCCACCUACGCUCCAUUUCAGAACAGGCAAACGAACGUAUGAUGCAACAUUGCAAAGCGAACCGGAAGCGAUUCGCCCUUGCACGCGCAAAAGAUCAGAAGGCGAAAGCGCCGACUUUGGAGGAAAAGGCGGACGUCGCCCCUGACUCCAUCCGAGUCGGAUUGAUACAGAAAGAUGACCACUUUCUUCGGAGCAAGCCGAUUCUGUGGAAGUCAACCGAAUGUGAUAUUGAAGUCUGGGGAGUACCGUAUAGCGCGAUCAUAGAUUCGGGAGCGGCUGUCCUAGCGAUAUCACUCCGAGUAGUCGAGAGAGCGGGUAGGAAGAAUGAUUUGAUUAUGCUAACCGAGAAGGACCAGCUCGUAUUGGCUGACGAGGAGAUGCUCAAGACAGUAGGGCGAAUGACGAAUGUCGCGUUCCGAUUGGGAAAAGUGCAUGCUUUAGGAGAUGUUGUGGUGCUGGAUGUGAAUACAUAUGAUGUUCUUUUCAAGCUUCCUGCAUUGGUGGCGCUGCGUGCUAAUUUAAACUUCGAACGCCGAUCCGUCAUUCUCCGGAAUAUCGGGGGAAAGCCGUAUGUAAUACCCAUAAGACUAACUCUUCGAACGUCGGUUAAGGUUAACGUUCGGAUUUUGGAUCAAAUGUAUGAAUUGCAUGUGCCCCAGUAUGUACCUGAUGAGAUCCAUCGGCUGAUCGCUGAUAUUUUAAUAGAAUAUCAAGGGGCGAUUAGCGUGUCCGAUGUCGAUAUUGGGUUAUCUGUGGUCGUUCAGCAUGAGAUUCAGACCGGGAAUCAUUCCCCGAUCCACUGCAAGCCGUACCGAUACUCGUUGACAGAGCGCAAGACGGCAUUGCAGCGAAUCAGGGAAUUUGAGGCAAACAGAUGGAUUGAGCCUGCCACCGGUCCCUGGUCAUUCCCAGUUGUAUUGGUUCCUAAAAAGAACGGGUCAGUCCGCAUAUGCAUCGAUUAUCGAAAGCUAAAUGAUAUCACGAUUAAAGAUGUGUAUCCCCUUCCCCGGAUUGAUGAUCUGCUUGAUGCGAUCGGGUGUGCUAACUACUUCAGCAAGUUCGACAUUCAGCAUAGGUUUCAUCAUAUCUUGGUGAAGGAAGAAGAUCGGCCCAAGACCGCCUUCGUUUUGUUUGAAGGCACGUGGCAGUGGGUUCGGUGCCCGAUGGGAAUCUGCAAUGCGCCUGCCACAUUUCAGCGGGCGAUGAACGUGACUUUUCAUAAUUUCGUCAAUAAGACACGGCUGACUCAGGGGAUGAUUAACUUCUGCGUCAUUGUGUACAUGGAUGACAUUCUGGUGUACUCGGACACGUUUCACGGACAUGCGCAGCACAUCGAAUUGACGUUGGGUUCGUUGAGAGACGCAGGUUUCAAGAUUGCGCUGGAAAAGAGCGAGUUUUUCCUCCCGGAAAUCUCGUUCUUGGGGUAUGUGGUGACACGAGGAGGCCUGCGGCCGGACUCUCGAAAAGUCGCGGCGGUCAAAGAGGCCCCGGUUCCGACCUCACUGACGCAGGUUCGAGCCUUCUUGGGCCUGGCCUCGUAUUACCGGCGGUUCAUCAAGGGGUUCGCGGCUAUAGCAAGGCCUCUGACAAACCUGCAGCGAAAAGAACAACCCCUUCAUUGGGAUGACGAGUGCGACCAGGCCUUCGGGACCCUGAAGGAUGCUCUCGUCAUGGCCCCGAUUCUGAUUCGACCGGACCCCUCUCGGCAGUUUAUUCUCAUCACCGACUGGCAGCCGGAGGCUAUCUCGGCCAUUCUGGCACAGAAGGGAAACGAUGGGAAGGAGCAUGUCAUUGAGUACGCUUCCCGGACGGUGCCAGACGAGCGACGAAACGAUUUUGCGCUACAAGGAGAAUGUUAUGCGGUAGUGUGGGGUAUCCAGCACUUCCAUCCGUAUUUGUACGGUCAAAAGUUUCUGCUCGUCACCGACCAUGAACCUCUGUUGGCUCUGAAAAAGCUAACCAACUACACGGGCAUGAUCGGACGAUGGGCAAUGCGGUUGCAAGAGUAUGAAUUUGACAUUGUUCAUCGAAAAACGGAGAGACACGGCAACGCCGACGGACUGACAUGUUUGCACCGACCCGAGCGUCCAAGAUGUCGGGGGCUUCUCACCCAGGAGCUUACGGUCCCGAUUGCGCAGCUGGCCGACGAUCUUGACGUCAGCAUUGUCUCCCAGGUCGACCCGCGCUUGGUGCCCCAUGUCACCUCGCGCACGCUGUCGCCAUAUCUUCAAUGGUCAGCUUGCGUGGAGGGCUUCCCAUCGAGAAUUCCUCCUUCACGGUUGGAUUAUUUGGAUCCGCGCGACAUCGUGGAUCCCGCUUUCUACAGACCGUCAUACGAGGACGAAUUGGAGGAGAUAAUCCGCGAAGAGCUCGCGGAAGAAAGUUCGGAGGAAGAGGAGGAGAAUCCGAACGAAGACGAAGAGGGGUCAGCACAGCAACGAGAAGGAGAAGAAGACGAGCUCCUGCAAAUGGAGAAUGAAGAGGAAGAAGAAGAAGAAGACAGCGAGCAAGGGAGCGGUGACGACAACGACGAGGAGCACGCCGACGAGGAUCCCCAGCUAGAAAUUGCACCGGUUGCUGAUCUUCAGAUCAGCAACGAUCCAACGCUCGACCCGGAGCCACCUCAGCCAGACGACGACGAUGUGGCCCAGAUGGCUGGGCCAUGCUUGCAAGUCCUUGUUUCUGCCCUCCCUGUCCUGGAGGGAGCGGUAGAAGCUGCCUUUGGGUCUAUCCUCAAAUCCUACUCUGCGUACAAAGAACCGACCUCGCCCGAACUGCUAAAUAUCAGAUUUGAUCUCACAACGUCGGCGAGAAUUCGAUACAAACCGUAUUUAACGAUAGACCUCUCGGAGUUCGGCUAUGUCGACAUAGAGGUUGUAUGCGCAGAUACUCCUUGGUGUCCGGACUGCCGGAGAUUCUUCCACUCAGCAGGGGAUCCUGACUGCCCGACGAACAAAAGGAAGAAAACAUAUCCACAGAAGUCAAAGGGCAAGGCCCCUGUGGAGGAGGAAUCUGAGAAAGAAAAGGAUAAAGGCAAUGGACGCAGGAAACAGAAAGAGAAGACGUCCAAACAGAAGGUUGACCAGACCUUCCAACCCCAAAACAAGAGUGGGGGGGGUCGGGACGAUCACAAGACACAGAAUAAAGAGAAUCUGAGUGAAUCCUCCAAGGGUUGGCAGAUGGUGGUUUGGCGGGGCAGAAAGAAGAUGACCUAUAUGCCCAAGGGGGAUGCAAACCUCGCUGGGGACGAGGCAACGAAAGCGGUUGACAAACCAGGCGACAAAGCUGGAGAGUCAGAGGAAGGGCAAGCCGACAAAACGGCUAAGGAAAAGGACUGGGAGGAGGAAGGAGGAAAAGAGGAUAUAAGACAAAAGCCUCAGACAGAGGCCGAAGAGGAAGGAGAUGGGAAGAAGAUUGAUGACUCGGAACAGAUGGAUGAGGAUGGGGAAAACGAAGAGGAUGCCUUGAUCCGUAAAAAAAAGGGGGAUAACAAGGCAGAAGCUACGGACAGGGAUCUGAGGGAUAUGGAUUCUAUGAGAAAAGCAAAUCCAUUCUGGAAACCUGUGCCUGACUCUAGCUCAGACAAGGGUCAGACAGAAAAACCUCUCGUUGAAAACCUGGGCGAGGACGAAGUAAGUACGAAAAACGAGAGAAUCUUCAUCAUUGAUGAUGAAGACAUAUUGGGGGAAGGAAACGAAGCCGAAGAGAAGAUGAAGGGUCACCGGGUUGUGCCUGAAGGGGAGGAUGAAGAAGUUGAGGAGGAAGAGGAAGAAAGAGGGACAGGAGAGAAGAGUGAGGCAGAAAGUGGCGAGGAAUCGGACAGAGACCUGCUGGGAUUCAUGGGAAAAGAAUUGGAGGGAGACCCCCAAGGACAGACGAAGUCAUCAGCAGAAAAGACGGACGUACCCGACUUGAGAAGUGGCCCCUCCACCCCGGUGGGCGAAAAGACCGCAGGAUUGGGGUCCUUUAAAAUAUACGAUAAUUUAUUUUUUCGUCCGGUCCCGUCAGUCUCUGAGCCCCAACAUCUACAGCACCCAGAAGGGAUUUCCCCCUCCAUCCUUGGCGGCUCUGGUACGCUGCAGAGAGGAGGAAGGAGGUGGAAUGAUACCCUAAAGGGAGAUUCGCCCUCCAAAAGAAAGAAAGUACUUGAGGGAAGGGGGGUUGGCUCAUAUAGUGCGGGCCACAGGGUGUCGACGACCGCCAUCCUGCCCUUGGACUUAACGAAAACCCGCAAAAGAUCUUUCCUACAUCAGACAGGAGGCAAACAGCUAUCUUUUGCGGGACCAAUGAAAACUCUGACAAAGAGGGACAAAGUGAAAGGGCCGGCCAAGAGCUACCUGGCCCCGCUCAUUUGCUCUGAAACACCGCUGGGCACUAUGGUGCUGACCAGAAUACUGACCAAUGAAGCUUUGGAGAUCCCGGUGAUCCAGGUCAACUCCCCCCCGACUGAGGGGGAGGUGCUGGACCUGACAAAACGCCAUGUGCUUAAUCACACCAGAUCAGUCUCCAUCUUACCAACAAUGAAGAGAAUGAAGAUCAGCAUGGCCCCUACGCAAGGAUGACACGAAUAAAUCGAGAAAUGGUCCAAAUUUUUGAAAAAAAAAACUUCCCCUUCGACGUGGUUGGGUGCCAUUCUGGCCGCCUAGCAUCAUUCCGUGCGGAGGUUGCGGUUCUUCUUCCUCCGCCGGUGGUCAUCAGCAGAUGAUGAGUGUUCAGGGACGUGCUCUACUCUCCUUGGCUGAACGCGCGUGCGUUCCGUACGAACGCGGGUGAGUUCCGUACGAACGCGCGUGCGUUCUGUACGCGGACACGUGUCGUAACACUGUCGUUAAAAGCGGGAUCAGAACAGCAUCAUCAAUCGGACAAGCAUAGCAUCUAUCAUCAGGAGAUUGCUCGUCAAUCAAUCAGCAAGAAGGGU